AACCUGAGACAAAAACAAAACAUUAGUCAAGGAACAAGAAUUAGAAUCUUCUCAAACAAGCAAUAAUCAAAACCAUGAUUUGGCCAGGUAAAAUACCACGAAGAGGCAAAACACUCAGGCAUCGAAGUACUGGCUCGCCUCCUUCUUAUAGUCCUCCAGAUGAUGACAAUCAUGCGAAACACCUGACGACCAGCUCCUCAUCUCUUAACGCCCCUACUGGUGGAAGAGGGUUAGUAGCAGGCAAAAAUGACCAGGAUCUGACAUUUUCCUUAUAUUCAUUCUUUGUUUCAAGUCAAACCAAACUGGUUUGUUGUCUAAAAUCUCAAUCUAAGUCUGAAGUGACUAAAGCAGAUUAUUCCUGUGAGUCUGGAAACUUGUGCUUUAGUCAGUUUCCUAAACUCGACAUAUUUACACUUGCAGUGACAUGACAGAAAAGGCUCGUUUUUAUCAGCACGCCUCCCAAACAACCAGUUUUUAUGUAGAUGGGGUAUAAUGGUUUUUAUGAACACUUAAUGAACCCAGGAUGCUGCGCUUUGUUGCAGUGAUUUAGCACUUAGCCUUUUUUUAAAAUAUCCCUCAGACACUGGGUGAUGGCAGCAUAAACAUGGACUCUCAUCCGGUCCUGUUAAUCACUACUUAUUGCUCGAACCACAGACGUGGACAAGUUGAGGUGAGUAGCAGAGCUGUGCAAUAUAUUGAAUUGCAAUAACACUACUGCGUGGAUAUAGUAAUUGGUUGGAUGUCAUGUUUUAAGGGUCAUGCAUUGCCCAUGUGCAUGACAACAAUAUAUUUAGACCUUGAUGCACAGCAUGUUUAUUUUUCAGGGAUCGAAAUGCAGGAGAUUGUAUAAAAUGUUGAGGAAUUUGCAAUGAUUUAAAGGAACGGAGUCAGACAAAUGUGUGUUAAUCAUAAUCAAUAUCACAAUAAUUAACAAGUAUUCCAAUUACAGUCUCCCCCAUGGUUGUGUAACCUGCUGCCCACCACUGAGACCAUUUAGAAGCUCAGGAAACCUUUGCAGGUAUUUUGAGUUAAUUAACGGAUUAGGGUGUGACACCAUGAGUUUUCAAUAUUUGACUUUUUCUAAAUUUUAAUUUUCUAACACAGAAUUUUGGGUUUUCGUUAUCUGUCAGCCACAUUCAUCAAAAUUACAAGAAAAUUAGACUUCUCAGAGUUUCCAAUAAAGAUCAAACUGUCAAAUCAGUUUACAAGUCCCUUAACAUAAAUUUAAUAACACCAUGUCACUUUCUAUUAAAGAGCUCUAAAUGUGGCCUAAACUUUCCGUCGAUUAUACCCAAGUACGCGUUUCAGUUAGAUUGCACUUUAAACUCAAACCCAGAACUGGUUCGUGUGUCGCCCACACGUAGCCCACCUGCAAAGUUGCCCUGAAACCAGCUAUAUUCUGCGUGGGCUACAUCCGGCACACAUGCAGCAAAAUUAAACUCAUUAAAUUACCAUUAUGCAAAACGUUCGCAUACAAGUUCCCUGAGUUCCAUUUGUUGUAUCUGCUGGCGCAACAUCUGGUUCUGUGACACAUGUUGAGACGGGAGGGGGGCAGUCAACAUGUGGCCCAUAUUUGAGGUAAACUAAAUAAAACUAAAUCCAGUUUCAUGUGAACCACACAACCUCCAGGUCUGCUUAAACUAUGAAAGAUGUUCAUAUCCUUUCCACCUUUUCACAUUAUGUCACUCUACAGCCACAAACUGUAUUAGUAUUUUGGUCAGAUCUUGGUAUAAAUCCAGCUGCUCUGUGAAGACCUCAGAGGUUUGUUCGAGAACAUUAGCGAAUAAACUGCACCGAAAACAAACAUUUAUUGCUUUGCUUUGGUCCCCAGGUGCCUUUUAAUGGUGGCUAGAGUUGUAAGAAAUUCACCCCCCAAAUCUAGGAGUGUAUAUAUUUUAAGUGUCAGCAGACAUAUUCACGGAGGAGGAUCUGUAGUCAGGUAAAGAUAUGUUUUCUGCAUUUACAAAGAUGCUAGACGGAAAAACAGGGCUGGACUUUCUGUAACUUCUUCAGCAAACACUCACAGAGAAUAAAUAGUCCCACGGUGGGCUCACCGUGGGACCGGCCUGGACCAGCCUCAGAUUCCCACGACCCCUCCUCUCCACACACGCUGAAGAGCAAGCUGCAGACACGCACAGGCGGACAGCGCGGAGACACAGAGGCAGAGCAGCGCUGCACCACUUUUUCCUCUUAUUUACCAUAAAAGCCACAUUUCAGGCUCCGCUGUUGCGCAUUGCACUGACUCACUGUGCAGCGAGGAGGGUAAAAGAAAAAGACACAAAAAACAAAAACGUCCCGAUCUCAAAGGGAAAUGGGAGAAAGAGUGGAUUAGCCGCGGAUCAAAAGUGGAGGAGUGGGAGGAAUCACGCAACUCGGGAUUAUGUAUUCUGAUUAUGCCGAGGAGCCGGUUUCUGCUUCACGUUUACAUCCAUAACAAGUCUGAGGAUGACUGCUGCCAGUCCGCCCUGCAGCUCUGCCUCCUCCCACUCCUCACCCGUUUGCCUCCCAGCCUGCAACAAACACCUGAGGAAAGGCGAAGCCCUCCAGACCAAGCUGCGUCUGAGCUCCCCCCCAGGAGUGUGGCUCCUGCUGGGCGCAGUGGUGGUGCUGGUGGGGAUGAGCGUGGCUGUGGCGGGCUACGUCUCCACGGCGCCGAGGCCAACCGUGGGCGGACGUGGGAGCACCCACGUGGAGAGGAUGAAACUGGCCGGGCCCGUGGUGAUGGGAGUGGGCCUCUUCAUCUUCAUCUGCGCUGCCACGCUGCUGUACGAGAACCGGGACCGAGAGAGCCGCGUUCGAGACACUCCUGACGACCUGGAGGAUCUGAAGGGGAGCAGCUGCCGGGAAGAUACUCAGGAGCAGUGGGAGCACACAGAUGAGGAGCAGUCAGCGUGGGCCACCCCACUCCACAUAGUUCCCCUCCCUCCUCGCUCCACCAGUGGGUUCUCACUGCCAGGUCCUCCUGAUGCAGGAGGUGCAGGUAAUGAUGGGGGAUACAGAAACGUAGAAGAGGAAGAGGAGAAGAAGGGAAAAUUGAUACUGCUCACCCAGGUUCUCCACCACCAGGAGCCGAUUCCUCAGCCACCCUCCCCCUGCAAGUCUGCUUCUCAUGACUCGGUUCACUCAGACUUCAGCAAUUCGAGUGAAACCAACUUUAAUGAACGAACAGAGUCUUUAGAGCUGCCACAGGACUGAUGCCCCUAAAUGCACAACCACACAGGACUAUGCACAGCUCAGCACAGAGGAGCAGAAACAUUUGUAUGUCAUAGUGCCUCUGAGUGGCACACUGAGUCACUGUCUGUGAUGGGUGUUUUUGUCCCACAUUGCUUACUGACCCACCCACAUUUGAAAAAUUUAAGCUGCACUGUUUGAUGUCAACUCGCCAGCUUGUUGGGUCAGAGCUCCACCAUGGUACCCCAAACAAUCCACUAAGGCCACUUCUGGAGAUACCAAAUUGUGGCCUGGGGGAGAGGUGAUGUUGCUGUAAAAGUCAUUCAGGUGCCAACCUUGGUGAUACACACUUCCUCUCACACUCAUCCUCUCCCCGGAGGUAGACUUUUUCUUUCUUAAGAGGUUCACUUAAGAGGAUGGGCCAGAUUAGGUCCUGAAUGAGUCUUUGUCUUAUCUCACAUGUAGUGUAAUCUUUUCAGUAUCCCGGGGAAAAUUGUGUUUUGGUGUAAACAAGAGCAGCACAUAAGGCCACACUCCUCUCACUCGACACCUACAGCCAUGCUAUUAAUACCAGCUGGUGCUCUGUAGCAAGACCUGGAUUUCUUACUGUACAUUUUAACAGUUUCUUCGGAUUCCCACAUUCAGCUGUUCACUUUUCUCCGUUUCCUUUAAUGUGGCGUUGAGAGAUGUGAGUGAGUGGAUGAACAGAAACAGCAUUUAAAAAAACAAGUUCUGGUGAGGCUGCUAUGAGUUAUUCUUGACGCAACUGAGAAAAUCACUCCUGUCAGUUUGAGUAAGUGACGCCUCACUCUCCCACCAUCUCGACCUCUCAUCUCCCAUCUCUUCUUCACCUUGUUUCCUACGCUUUAUUCAAAUCUUCAUUACUCCAUCUCAUUUCUUGGCUUAUACACAACUGAGAAAGAGCACAAAAAAAAGAAAAGAAAGAAAAUAAAUAAUUAAAGCACAGCCAAAUGUUUGCAAGUACAAUUAAAGGGAUAUUUCAGAAAUGUUAAAGAUUCUGUUAUAAGGCCAUAAGGAGAUAUUAUUAUAUCCCCUUAUUGUAUAUUUAUUUUGCAACUCCAGAUUAGUUGGUCCAGUGAAGCUACCAGAUAGUCAGAUAAGGAUUAAGACCAAAGUGGACGUCUGCCAUCUUAUAAAAACCCAAAUGUCAAAAAUGUCAUAGCAGUUUAUGCUCAUUUUCUACCAGAUAUGUCCUGACAGGUGAACUUUGAGAUGUCCAUUCUCAGGUUUUGUGUUUCACAAGGAAUAUUAUUAGUAGGACACCACCACCAAUCUUCAUUUCCAGUGUAAACAAUCAGUGUUUUUUUCUGUAAACGACUGCCCGGUGCCAACAUGAAGAACUCCAAUCUGAAAAACAUCCAAGAGGUUGAUGUAAACACUAUAUUAUGAACCUUUGAGCUUUUGUCACGUUUGUAUUGGACGGAGGUGACGCGCUACAAAUAGUCUUCCUUGUGAAACAUGAGCCGAGAAUAGAAAGGGCCUUUCUGGUCAGAGUAACUAUCUGAAAGAAAAUGAAUGUACACUUAGCAUUGGGUAAGGGGAUUUUUGUUUAAUAAUUUCGUUGUUGUAACAAUUCUUCUUGGCAAUAAAUCUUAUACUGUUGGAAAGCCUGUUUAUUUCCCUUUCAAUGGCACCACAUUUCUAAGAUGGAAAAUGCAAUUUUGGGUCGAGCAGCGGAGCUGAGUAUGUGGGAUUGUCCCAGAUAAUAUUUGCAGAAUCCACUCAGCAAAUGCCAAACAGCUUUUUUUGGUUUCAUAAUUGAAUUGGAUGAUUGACGUUUAUAGAAACUAAACUAACUGCUAAUUUAAGAAUUAAUUUUAACAAACAGGGACAUCAGUAAUGCCUGGGACAGCCUAAUACUUACUCCUCAUGCAGUGUGGGACCGGCUGUGGUCAUCCUAUUCUUCAACCAGGAUCUGUCACAAGUCAGCCAGUCUGGUUGUGUUGGUCACACGGGUAAAAACAGCAAGUCCAAGGUGAUUCCACAGAUACUCAAUGGGGUUAAGGUCAGGAUUGCAGAGUGGCCAUUCCUCCGUGGCUCUGUGGAGGCAAGAGUUGCCAUCUUGCAGUAUAGAGUUCAGCCCCCAAGAGUGGCAAUACGUGAUUGCCACAGGUUGCAGAAUCUCAUUAUGUAACUACCUAUCUGAUAUGAGACUGCUUCCAACAACAGCAAGCCUUGUUUUUCCAGUGAGAGAUACCGCCCCACACCAUCAUACUGCCUACACCAAAAGCUGUUUAGUAUUUGCGGAGAGGACUUAAAGUUCUUCAUGGGCACAGCCUACAUACUACACUAUGCUCCUCAUCCAACAAAUGCAUUUUCCUUACCAAUGUGGCAUCGUUUAAGAGGUAAUGAAGAGGCUUUCUAACAGUUUAAGUUCUAUUGCAAGGAAGCACCGUUUGAACAACAUAUUAAAAAAACAACCAAUACA